UACCAACAUGAAGGCCGACGUGAAAAAUGUUUCAAUGACGCCCGCUGUGAGGAUCACCGGCUCCUGUUCAAACCGCGAAAGUAUCCCGAAAGCCUCCGCGUGUAAAUAACGUGUUGUCGGUGCCAACACUUACGGCGUUGUGGGGAGGGAGGGAGGGAGGGAGGGAGUGGGGGGCGGGGGGGGGGGGACUCCUUUCUGUGCUCGGUGUCCACCCAGCUCGCUGCUAACACACCUAUAUAAACAGGGCUGGAGUGCAAAUGGCAGAGCAGGAGGAGCAGAAGCAGAUAACCGAGCUGGACAAGCCGGUGCCUGGAGUGUCUGGGACGGGAAGCGCGGUGGCUCUUGCCCGGCAGCUGCACCACGAGUGUGAUCGUCUGCUCCGGCUAUACAAAGAGAAGGAGACCUUCUUGGGGGACCUCACCCCAGAUGGCGUGCGCAUCGUGUCCCUGUCCCCUGACUCGCAGGGGGCUAGCACCCAGCAGCAGGUGCAGUUGCUGCACUCAGCUCUGCGCCAGUGCUUGGGGCUGCUCCACUGUCUCAUCCUGAAGGAAGAGGAGGAAUGGGGUGAGCUUGAGGGGGACUACGAGACCUUGAAGAAAAUAGUCCGGGCUCGGCUGGAGUACUUGCUCUAUACCACCAAAGGUUUGGCUGAGACUGAAGACACGACUCUGGAGGUCACCCCAGACCACCAGUGCAACGAGGAAACGGAUGGCGCUGGGGGAGUUUUUGGGCUGAAAAUGUGGACCUACCGUGUGCUGCUGGAGCUAAUCCACUGGGCUGACCAUGCUGCGCAGACCCUCCAUAUCUACCACACAGAGCGGGGAGGAUCAGAGGAGAUCUAAAUGUCUUUAUGUCAGUCUCAAAAUACAUCUAUGAAUGAACUCACUCAACACUAACAGCCAGCUUUCCCUUUUAUGUAUCCCAAAAUUGAAUAUGAAGGAGUGCCCAGCAUAUUGUGUGUGCACUAGAGGGUCAAAAAUGUACUGCUUAACUAAAAUCACAACUAAGCCUCUCUUAACAAAAGCCCUGCAGACAGCUUUUCCCAGACGGUGGUAUUUCCACAGCAAGUGCUAAAAUGACCUCUAGUUUGCCACAGUUGAAUUUUCCCCUGACUAAGAAGUGAGUGCAGACUUGAAACUACAAGGUUGGUUUGCUUUGUGAAAUGGCAGUCAGACUGUUUGAAAUGUCUUUUUUUUUUUUUGUAUAAACUGUGUAUAUUUAUUUUAUUUAAAAACCUUUGAUGACUAAUAUCUGCUGUAACUAACACUCCAAGAUCUACUAACUGCUAGAAUGUAGCCAAAAAACACACGACUGAUAAACUGUGAUUGAUGUGCAGCUGAAUCUGUAGCCAUUAGCUAUUUUAAUAGGUCAAUUAGUAAUAAAUAUUACACCGUAUUAACAUGUAUGUAAUCCAAAUAAUUCCAAGUCACAUUCUUUGUUUUUAUUGAAAGACUGAAUGCUUGUAUUGUUCAUGGUUUGGCACAGUCUGUGAUGAUCCAAACCUCAUGUUUGCUGCUCUGGUCUCCAAGUUCUCUCCUGAUGUUAUACUUGAAUGUGCUGCUACACUGUUCACAAGUUUGAACUUUAACACGAGUGGUUUUCAAAUCUUCUCUGUCCUCUCCUCUUUUGGAAGCUAUAGUUGACACAAGGAUUGUUGUGUCUUUAGCUGAACGUAUCAAACACUCUGCACCUAAACAACUUCGUUGUAGUGUUAAAUGCCUGAUGACACAUAGUGAAUGAGCUGUGACUUGGUAUAGUGAAUUUCUUAAUUUCAUGGUUUUCUUUGAUCUCUGUGAUGAACAACUGGAUGUGCAUUUAAAGAUUAAAACUC